GACAUUCGCAACACAGUGGGCAACAUCCCCAUGGAAUGGUACCAGGACUUCCCGCACAUCGGCUACAACCUGGAGGGCAAGAGGAUCUACAAGCCCAUCCGGAACAAGGACGAGCUAGACAUGUUCCUGGAGAAGAUGGAGAACCCCGAUUACUGGCGAACGGUCCAGGACAAGAUGACGGGUGCGGACAUAAAGCUGACAGACGAGCAGGUGGACCUGGUGCAUCGGCUCCAGAAAGGGCAGUUUGGGGAUGUCCACUUCAAUCCCUACGAGCCGGCCGUUGACUUCUUCACCCACGAGGUCAUGAUCCACCCGGUGACAAAUCGCCCAGCAGACAAGCGGAGCUUCAUCCCCUCCCUCAUCGAGAAGGAAAAGGUCUCCAAGUUAGUCCACGCCAUCAAGAUGGGCUGGAUCAAGCCCCGUAAGCCCAAGGAUGACACACCUACGUACUAUGACCUCUGGGCCCAUGAGGAUCCGAACUCCAUCCUGGGCCGCCACAAGAUGCACGUCCCAGCCCCCAAGAUGAAGCUGCCUGGGCACGAGGAGUCCUACAACCCCCCACCCGAGUACCUGCUCAGCGAGGAGGAGAAGCUGGCCUGGGAGCAGCAGGAGCCGGCCGAGCGGAAGCUGAACUUCGUGCCCCAGCAGUACCGGUGCCUGCGGGCAGUGCCUGCCUACUCCCGCUUCAUCCAUGAGCGCUUCGAGCGCUGCCUGGACCUCUACCUCUGCCCGCGCCAGAGGAAAAUGCGGGUCAAUGUGGACCCAGAGGACCUGAUCCCCAAGCUGCCGAAGCCGCGGGACCUGCAGCCCUUCCCGACCACCCAGGCCCUG